UUAGAAGAGACGGACAUUUACGUUUACUAAAACUGGUCAUUAACCAUUUCAGGAAGAUUCACUGCAAAUUAAUUGUAAUUUUUCUGUUGUCCAGGUUGAAAGUGGAUAAAAAACAAUGGAAGUGAAGGCAUCAGGAUGCUAUUUAAGUGAACACAGUCAGCCAAAUUCAGCUUUCUUUCCCUUCCAGCCUGAUGUUCCGAGGUUAAAACGUUACAGACGCCGCGUGUUUAGGAGAGAAAAGGAUUGAGGCUGGCCUGCUGGGUCAGCUGCUGUAAUUCAGUUCACAUGAGCAGCUGCUUGGAACCUUUUUCAAUCAACACGAGUUGCAUUUUGCUUUUUCAUACCACGCUGUCCUCCCCACCCACACUCCCACCUCCCGUCUUGCUUCCUUUUCUGUCAGAUGCUUCCAGUUCACUCUGAUUUCCCUUCUUCGUGACGGACUCUUUUUUCAUCCCUGACUUUUCUGAUUUCUGUUUUCGUUUGAGGAUCGGUCCACCCACACCUGAGACUGAAGCAGACAUGACACCUGAAAAGGAAAGCAAUGGACAUGACAACUAUGCGUUUGCACUGGAGGGACGCUUCUGUGAUCUACCUGAAAAAGCAGAUGACCUGGACUCCUCUAUUGAUGGAGACUGUAACAAGCUGGCCUACAUUGUGACAGAUGCUCCUCCUUGGUAUCUCUGCAUCCUUUUAGGCACACAGCACUGUUUGACUGCAUUUGGGGGCAUCAUUGCAAUCCCCCUGAUCCUGUCCCAAGGAUUGUGCCUGCAGCUUGAUGGACUUACACAAAGCUACCUCAUCAGCACCAUUUUCUUUGUUUCUGGCAUCUGCACAUUGCUGCAAGUUACAUUUGGCAUUAGACUGCCCAUCCUUCAAGGUGGCACUUUCACAUUGUUGGCUCCCUCUAUGGCCAUGCUGUCCAUGCCAGAGUGGACUUGUCCAGCUUGGACACAAAACGCCAGUUUGGUCAACACGUCGUCUGCAGAGUUCGUGGAAGUGUGGCAGAGUCGAAUGAGAGCAUUGCAGGGCUCCAUUCUUGUGGGCUCACUCUUCCAGGUGUUUGUAGGAUUCUCUGGCCUUAUCGGGCUCUUCAUGCGCUUCAUUGGACCUCUCACUAUUGCUCCCACCAUCGCUCUCAUUGGACUGUCUCUGUUUGACUCAGCUGGUAGCAGCGCUGGCAGCCACUGGGGCAUCUCUUCAAUGACCACAGCGCUGAUCAUCCUCUUCUCACAGUAUCUCCGCCACAUCGCCAUGCCCUUCCCUAAAUACAGCAGGGAUAAAAAGCUGCACACCUCCCGAGUCUACGUAUUUCAAAUUCUUCCUGUUCUUCUUGGAAUCACAGUUUCUUGGCUCGUCUGUUACAUUUUGACCACCUACAAUGUGCUUCCGGCUGAUCCAGAACAUUAUGGCUACCUUGCACGUACAGACCUAAAGGGAGAGGUAAUUGGCAGAGCUCCCUGGCUUACCUUCCCAUAUCCAGGACAGUGGGGAAUGCCGACAGUGAGCCUGGCCGGGGUGGUCGGCAUCUUGGCAGGUGUGAUUUCCUCCAUGAUCGAGUCUGUUGGAGAUUACCAUGCAUGUGCGAGAUUAUCAGGAGCUCCACCCCCACCUAAACACGCAAUCAACAGAGGGAUUGGAAUUGAGGGACUGGGCUGCCUGCUGGCUGGUGCUUGGGGAACUGGAAAUGGAACCACCUCCUACAGUGAGAAUGUUGGAGCUCUUGGGAUUACAAAGGUUGGGAGUCGCAUGGUGAUUGUGGCCAGUGGUGUCUUGAUGAUUGUUAUGGGAAUACUUGGGAAAGUGGGCGCUGUAUUCACCACCAUCCCCUCACCUGUGAUGGGAGGAAUGUUCAUGGUGAUGUUUGGGGUCAUCUGUGCAGCAGGAGUGUCUAAUCUGCAGUACACAGAUAUGAACUCCUCACGAAACAUCUUUAUCUUUGGGUUCUCCAUGUUUUCUGGUUUGGUCAUUCCUAACUGGAUCAUCAAGAACCCAAAAGCUAUUGCUACAGGUGUGCUAGAACUGGACCAAAUGCUGCAGGUGCUUCUGACCACCAGCAUGUUUGUAGGAGGCUUCUUUGGCUUCAUUCUGGACAACACUAUUCCAGGAUCCAAGCAGGAACGCGGCAUCCUGGCCUGGAACAAAGCUCACGAGGAUGACUCCAGUGAAACACUUGAGAGCGGGGAAGUCUACAACCUCCCGUUUGGCAUCAGCUCCUCCUUGUCCUCUGUCUCCUGGAUCCGGUACAUUCCGUUCUGCCCUCCCGGUAUGCCCCACGCCCUGGAGCCUAAGCAGCCGCUAGGAAAUCCAGAAUCUGGUCAGAUCAGUAUUGGAGUUGGUCUUUGAGUUGCGUUUUUACCCAGCGUGCCUCCUCCCAUCAUCAAAGGCAGCUGGGUUAGUCAUGUAUUGAAGAGACUGCAGGGUAACAACAGAGUGCAAUCAUUCAAAAUUGCACUAAAUCUCUUUGAUGGACAUUUGCAAAUAUUUUGCAGAAGCAUGUCAACUUCCCUUUAACAUCUGUCUUGUACUGAAGAGCGGCUGAGUGUGAUCUAGACAUGCUGACAAAUGGUGAAUAAAUCAUUUCCUGGGAUUUGCUUAACCCUUGGUGUUAAAAUGACACAGGGCCAGAAAAAGAUGGGGGAAGAUUUGAAAGGACUUUGGAAAAGACGAUGAGCUUCAAACAAAGUCUAACAGCAGCCUGCAAACAUACAAACAGCUGAUGUUAAUGUUUACUUCUAUAUUCUGGAUGUCCAGUAUCGAUCCCAUCACCACAUCUGGUUUGGAUGGGUCCUUUCAUGCAGGCUACAUGAACUUGAAACUGACAAUAACAUGAAGCUAACAGCGUUUUUGAAACUGUAAAGAUGAAGAACCACUAAACUUUUUAAAAUGUAAAAUAAAUAAAAUUAGCAUAAACUUCAUGGCCACUUUUUUAGGUACACCUGUUUAGAGAUUCUGCUUCAUUCUGACAUAACUGCAUCACAAAGAUGCUGGUUGGUUGUCAUGUUUAUCUCCUAUCCCGUCUCAUCCUUAAGGUUCUGCACUGGACUGAGAUCUGGUGACUGUGGAGGUCGUUGGAGUCCAGUGAACUCAUGAUCAUGUUCUAGAAACCAGUUAGAGAGGAUGUGAGCUUUGUGACAUGGUGCUUUACCCAGCCAUCAGAAGAUGGGUCCAUGUGGUCAUGAAGAUGGACAUGGUCAGCAACAACACUCAGGUUGGCCAUGGGGCUUCAGCCAGGCUCAGGGCGCUACGGCAUCCAAGAUGGAUGCUUUCAUAUUUCCUCUAAAUUCUGACCAACCAGCUGAAAUGAAGACUUAGCAGACCUCAGAUAGAACCAGUGGUUAUUUGAGCUACUUGGUACCUUCUGAUCUUUUGCACCAUGCUCUGUAAACCUCCGUAGAUCAGCACUUUCUGAAAUACUGAGGACCAACAAAUCAGGCACCAGCAACCACGUCUAAUACAGAGUUACUGCUAUUUUAUUGGCUGAUGUUUCACACAUGCUGAAAUCACCAAGAAAGUCUCAGUUGUUUUUGCACAAAAGGAAGCAUCUAAGUCCCUCCUACUAUUAUUACUGGUUUAGAUCUGCUUUCUAAAGGGAUCCCAGGCUGCAGGAGACAAAAACCCACAGCAACAGCCUUUUACUGUCAUCUUCACAUUGGGAUUUUAACUCUGCAGUAAACAUUUACUGAAAAGCUCAUUUUCAUCAGCAAUUCAUGUUUUCUCCCAUGUAAAGUUUUUGUUUUUGUUGUCAUCAGAAUUCAGUCAAAGCCAGGAGCUAGAGGACAAACGAGUAAAGAGACAAAAACAUGAAUGUUACUGAACAGAAAAUAUGUGUUUAUCUGAAACAAUUCUUUAUUCAUUUCUGUGCACUUUGAUGAUUUGUUUUUAGUUUUCUCAAGAAGAUUUUUUAAAGGUGCAACUUUUCUUCUUUGUGCAAACUCGUGUCUCAUUGCACUGACUGAUUUUUGUUUAUUAAACUUAAACACGCCCCUUAAAAUUCA